AUGACAAGUUCUGAACAAUCAAAAAAUGAAACUGGAUGUUAUUUUAGUGACAUUAAACCGAUUGAAAUAUUUAAAUACCCUAGUCAAGCAUCAAAUAUUAUAUGGAGUGUCAAUUCGAAUAAUAUGUUACAAAUAUCUUCACAAAUUAUAGAACUCAUUACAAAUAACAAAAUACCAAUCCAGAUGUCGCUUAACUUGAUUGAUGUUAUUUCACAAAUUCGUGUUAAAGAUAUUAAAUUAUUCGCAGAACUUUACCAAAAGAUAUUAAACGAAUUUUCAUGCAUCAUCAAACCGAAAAAUGAUAAAUUAGCAACGUUAUUAUAUUAUAAAGGUAUCAAAUUUGAAAACUUCAAACCUACAUUUGAAGAAGAAGAAAUUCUGAAUUUAUACUAUAUUGCAUGGGAUAAAGUUGAUGAUCUUAAAAGUAAAUUCCCAAAUCUUGAUAUUAAUGAGAAAAUUGAUUAUCGAAUUACAUCACUUGAUUGCGCGAUUAAAUUUGGCUCAUAA